AUGACAGAACCAACAACCAUAACAAUAGCUGUAAACGCAACCAUGAAACCAGUUUCAACAGCUCCAUUAACAACAAAUGAAAAUUUAAUAAAGUCAAGCGCAUCAACAGCAACAGCAACAACAAUAACAACAAGAUCAGCAACAACAAUGCAAAUGAGUUCGGAAUCUAUAUUUACGAAAAAGGAAUUCUCAUCAACACAUGAAGUGUCUGAUCAUGGAAACUUCAGUGAUAUGACUACACGAAGUACGAUGAUGCAAACACCAGAAUUAUCAACGAUGAUGCAGACUAUCCCAGAUCUAUCAAGCAUGAUGAUGAACACUCAGGACCUAUCAACGAUGAAUGCAGCAUUAUCAACAACAGAAGCUUCUUUUGGUCAUGCAACAUCAAUGACCAUCACAAAAAUGAGAACAGCAGAAACAUCAUCAUAUACAAGUGCGACAAUGCCGACAAGCAACGGUACAUCCCUGCUGGCAUCUAAAAAUCAGCUGGGAUCAAUGUAA